AUGCCGCCAAAGUCUUCUGCGGGCAAGGAGAAGGAUCUGACUGCCGAGGACGACGUCCUCCAAGCGGUCAUUCUCGCGGACAGCUUCAAUAAGCGCUUCAGACCAUUGACUAUAGGCAAGCCGAGGUGCCUCCUGCCUAUAUGCAAUGCCACGCUAUUAGACUGGACAUUCGAGAGUCUGGCGUUGGCGGGCGUGCAGGAGAUCUUCGUAAUUUGUCGAUCGUAUCCCGAGCUCGUGAAGGCAGCCAUUCGGGAUUCGAAAUGGUCGAAGCCGAGCUCAGGCCUGAAGAUUGUGCCCAUCAUCACGGCGAAGGAGACCUUCUCCCCUGGGGAUGCUAUGCGCGACAUCUACACGCAUGGGAUCAUCACCACCGACUUCGUUCUCGUCACGGGCGACCUCGUGAGCAACAUCCGGAUAGACGAGGUCGUGCGCGCGCACAAGGAGCGCCGGAAGACCAACAAGGAUGCAAUCAUGACGAUGGUCGUAAAAGAAAGCGGCGCGAAACAUCGCACAAGAUCGCGGGGAGAUUCGGGCGUGUUCGUCUUGGACGCGAAUACAUCAGAGUGUCUGCAUUAUGAGCCUGUCACCGGGCACCCUACAAAAAGCAUCGCCCACAUCCCAAGAGAGGUACUGGCGGAACAUCCAGAAGUAGAGAUUCGGAAUGAUCUUAUCGACUGUUCAAUAGAUGUCUGCUCGGUCGAGGUCCCGUCGUUAUUUCAGGACAACUUUGAUUACGCCGACAUCCGGCGGGACUUCGUGUAUGGUGUGCUGACAUCGGACCUCUUGAUGAAGAACAUCUACUGUUACGUCGCACGGGAGGGCUAUGCUGCUCGUGUAGCGGAUACACGGAGCUACGACGCGAUAAGCAAAGACAUCUUGUCAAGGUGGACGUUCCCCCUGGUUCCAGACAACAACCAUCCUAGUGAUCAUUCAUAUGACCAUCUUCGCGGGAACAAGUACAUCGCCAAAGACAAUUCCGUAUCCCUGUCCCGUACAUGCAAGAUUGGGCCAAAUACACUCAUUGGCGCACACACCACCGUCGCCGAUGGCGCAUCCAUCUCGGGCAGCGUCAUUGGCCAACGGUGUACCAUCGGCGCCGGUGUCGUGCUCGAAGGAGCGUACAUCUUCGACGACACCAACAUCGGCGCUGGCUCGCGUGUCGAGGCGAGCAUCAUCGGGUCCGAGGUGCGCAUAGGAUCAGGGAGCAUCGUGCGCUCGGGCUGUGUCAUCGGGAACGGUGUGGUUCUCGGGAAGGAUGCACGGCUUGCGAAGUUCGAGAGAAUUUCCAGACGCAGGGACCUCAGCGGCGAAGAGGCAGACGACGAGGAUGACGACGACGAGUGGGAGAUGGUCGAGGCUCACCAGGAGAGCGUCACCUCAUUGCUUGGCGAAGGCACGAAUGCCGUCGUCUGGCCGCAGAAACCUCUGGACGAGGACGAAGAUGACGAAGAUGAAUCUGUGGAGUCCUAUAACAACCAACGACUUAUGCGCAUCGGAGACAACGCGUCCGACCUCGACCUUUCCGACGCGGGCUCCGUCACCGAGGACGAGUCAGACUCAGACUCGGACAGCGACUCGGACUCGGACACGCACGCACUCUCGCGCACCUCCUCCGCGACGUCCGCCUCGCUCGCGCCCGACGCGUCCGUCUCCGCGCUGCACGCGCUGCAGGAGACUGCGGCCGAGAGCGAGUUCCGCUCCGAGGUGCGGCAGUCGCUCGAGCGCGCGUUCGCGGAGGGCCACAGCGUCGACAACGCGGCCGUCGAGCUCAAGACGCUGCGCAUGGCGAGCAACGUGCCCCUGCGCCGCGUGCGCGAGGCCGUCGUCGCCGCGAUCAUCGAGCGCAUCGACGUCGUCGACGGCGACCCCGCGCGCCAGCGCCAGGCGAUCGGCGCGACGGUCGCGCGCUGGGGCGCCCUGAUCGACCGCAUCGGCGGCGUCGACGCCGUGGAGACCGUCGAGGUGCUGCAGGCGCACUGCGCGCAGUCGCCGCGCCUGCCGCUGUUCGGGCAGAUCCUCGUCGCGCUGUACCAGGCGGACAUCGUCGAGGAGGACGACAUCCGCGCGUGGUACGCGCGUCCGGCGUCGCGCGGCGAGGGCGCGAAGCCUGGGCCGCUGCGUGAGGGCCUCGAGAAGUGCUGGGCGGUGGGCGCGCGCAUGAUUGAGCAGUUCGACGAGCAGGAGAGCGGGGACGAGGAGAGUGGGGAGGAGGAGGAGGGCAGCGGCAAGAGUGCCGCGAGUGAAAGCAGUGAAGAGGAGAGCGAGGAAAGCGAGGAGGAGAGCGAGGAGAGCGGGGAGGAGAGCAGCGACGAGGCCUCUUGA